GACUCUCCAGUCCUGACUCACUCCUCCCCAUGCUUCGUGGGGUUAGUGGGGUCGUGAGCUCCGGCGCCCCUGGCAGGGAAGGAGCCCCGACGGGCAUCCUCAGACCUUUGACAGCUCUUAGGAGGAGAAAUGCAGCCCAACGACCUGGGCAGAUUUCUUCCGUUGGUGAAAAGAUCAGUCACCUGGGCAGUAGGAGAAAGAGCGCUGGGCGAGCGGGGCAAGAGGAAAAUUCCAGAGAGGAAUGAUAGAAAGCGGGAAUACUUGGGUUGUCCCCAUGCCCAGAAAGUGAAGACCGCAAGAGAGGAGAACGUGUUGAAUGGAGGCAUAUAUUGAAUCUUCUUCAGGAUUGCAUUAAAUAAUAGGCAGAGUUGCUAAGGAAGAGAAGAUUGGGCAAGUACACAGAACAACUUGUGAAGAAGUUGAGGAAACUACUACUUGUAUCUUUUGACUGAUGCUCAAAAUCUUGUUCCAUGACAACCUCUCUCACAAUGUUUUAUGGAUCUCCUUCUACCAUGUCCCCAACGAGCAAGAGCAGACUAAAGCGUCAGAGUCGCCUGCUCUCCCACAUGAUAUCCCGAACACUGAGCUACAAGGACCGCGGCUCUGAUUCUGCUUUUCCCAGCUUGGGUGCCAGUGAUGACCCGGCAGAGCUUUCCAUACAACUUUCUGCCCCAGGUGUCCUGAAGGUGUUUGGGGAUAAUGUCUGUUCAGGUGCCCACUACAAGAGUGUCCUGGCCACGGCCAGCUCUAGUGCCCAGGAACUGGUAAAGGAGGCACUAGAGCGUUAUGCUUUAAAUGCAGUUUCUGCCAGUCAGUAUGUGUUAUGUGAUGUGGUGGGGCGAUUUGGGGACUUGGGACAGCAAUGGCAGGCAGAAUGCCUUCGAGUCCUACAGGAUAAUGAGAAGCCUCUUUUGAUCCAGGACCUGUGGAAGCCCCGAGAAGGCUUCUCUCGAAGGUUUGAGUUGAGAAAGAGGUCAGACGUGGAAGAAUUGGCUGCCAGGGAAGUGGACACUAUCACAGCAGGGAUCAAUGCUCAGGCAAGGAAACUCCAGAAGAGUCGUGCAAAGGGUGCUACAACACUGACCACAGCAUGUAAACGAAACUCCACCCCACCCACACUUCGGCGCACGGUUAGUGAAACCAGCUUGAGCCAAACCAAUACACAAGAAGAGGAGCCAAAAGGGCAUUCCACCUUGCUAGAUCCCCACCAAAGCCCAGAAGAUCCAAGCAAGGAGCUCCAGGCCUCUGUUGAGGAGAGAAACAACAGCAACAAUAUGCGAUACUCACUUUACCAAUCACCACACCUUCUCCUUCUGCAGGGCUAUAGCCAGCAGCAUGAUAGCUUAGUUUAUGUGCUCAACCGUGAACAGCACACAGUGGGCCAGAGGACUCCCUCUAGCAAGCCUAGCAUCAGCCUUUCAGCUCCAGACAUUCUGCCCCUCCACUGUACCAUUCGUCGGCUGCACCUCUCCAGCCACUCAAGAAGCUCCCAAGUAGAAGAGAAGCUUAUCCUUGAGCCAAUUCCUGGGGCUAGUAUAUCUAUCAACUUCUCAGAAGUGGGAAAGACUAUGGUACUUCGCCAUGGAGACCUGCUCUCUUUGGGGCUUUAUUACCUGCUGCUCUACAAGGAUCCUGCACGAGCCCAUGUGCUCCCUGCCCAGACCCUGGCACGGCUCAAAGCUGUCCCCCGAACAUCAGAUCCUGUCACCUGUAAAAUGUGUGGGACAGUGCUCAGGGGCAGAGCACCUUCCUCAUACAAGAAGCAUAGAGCUCUGCCUGGUCAGAAGACUCCUCGACGAAGGCUUCAUCUGGAAUUUGAGCCAGCCAUAGAGGAUGUGCUAGUGAAGAGGAUCAUGACAUUGAUUGAGCCAGGGGGUGAUGACCAUAAGCUCACACCUGCUUUCCUCCUCUGCCUUUGCAUCCAACAUUCAGCCACCAACUUUGAGCCAGGCGAAUUUGGGCAACUCUUGCUUAAACUGGCCAAACUUAUUCAGAGGACAGUCUGGGAAAAAACCAAAGAACUAGCUGAGAAGCAGUCUCAGCACCAGGAUCCUAUCUCUCUUUCCCGUCUCACUAUUGCUGACCUACUGCCAGACCUCCAGCACAUUCUUUUCUGGAUGUCUAACUCCAUUGAGCUCCUUUACUUUGUCCAGCAGAAAUCUCCACUCUACAUCCAGAGCAUAGAGGAGGAGCUAGAUGUCAAAGGUUCUAAGGAGUCACUGUUUUCCUCAACCAUCACAGCCAGUGAGGAAGCCAUGACGAUUUUAGAGGAGGUGAUCAUGUACACAUUCCAACAGUGUGUGUAUUACAUCUCCAAGUCUCUAUAUAUCUCUCUGCCCGUUCUACUGGAGUGUAUUCCUUUCCAGAAUGAGAGUCGAGAAAGUUGGUGCUCAGCCCCACAAUUACCUGAGGAGCUCCGACGUAUUGUGUCCAUCUAUCAGGCCACCUUGGACCUCCUCCAGCAGUAUGAGGUUCACCCAGAGAUUGCCUCCCAGAUGUUUGCCUACCUUUUUUUCUUCUCCAACACACUGCUCUUCAACCAACUCCUGGACAAAGGACCUGUGCUGAGCUGCUUCCAUUGGCCAAAGGGGGUACAGAUUUGUGCUCGCUUACAGCAACUCCUGGAAUGGGCACAGAGUAUAGGCUUUGGGCCACUGGCGGAGCAAUUCUUCAAGAAACUUUCCUGCACAGUAAACCUAUUGGCUACACCCAGUGCACAGCUGAUACAGAUGACCUGGUCAUCCCUGAGGACUCAGUUUCCAGAACUAAACCCUGCUCAACUGCAUCGGUUGUUGACUCGGUACCAGCUAGCGUCUGACAUUGGUUCUGUGACUGCCUGGGAGCCUCUAGAUGAAGACAGACCCAAAGCCUUCAGGACAGAGGAUGUCCUGGAGUCUUAUGAUAACCAUCCACCUAUCGUUUUGCCAAGUGGUGGGUUCAAGGUAGACUUGGAAGUGGAAUGCCUGGAUGAUAAUAUUUACCGGCACCUUCUUUAUAUUCGUCACUUCCUGUGGAGCCUGCAGAGCAAAUCCUCCCAUGCUAAAGGCCCUGAACCUGAAAAUCUGAAGGGCUUGCAUCACACUAUUCCUGAAGGGAAUCCAGAAAGUCGGAGUAGUGUAGUUAUUUCCAGGGAUGUAGGGGACCAACUGAAUUCAAAGCAUUCAGUGAGCUCAGCAGGCAAGACAGUUGGAGAAACAGCCAAAACCCUAUCUGUCCCUGCCAGUGGGGUUUCCCGAACUCCAUCCCCUGGUCGAACCCCUGCCCUGGAGAAGCUAAAGCCACAGAACAGCCUGGGCAGGAACGGCCCGAAGAUGAACAUAGCACAAGGGGAUGCCUCCUGUCUGCUGACCCCUCCCAACACACCACUCAACUUGGAGCCUCGAAGUCAGGAUUCUCCCCAGCCUAGUGGCAGCUGUGAAAAAGCGUGCCAGGAGCUGAAGAAGAAUGGGCUCAGUGCUCAGAGCACUGCACAGGAAGGAGAUUCUUCCACCCCCUUUGAAUAUCCUACCCCCGCUUCUUCCAGCUGCAGUUCUGCCACUGAUGACUUCUGUUAUGCUUUUGUUGUGGAGUUGGAAAAAGGACCCACUGGACUGGGGAUAGGCCUUGUAAAUGGAUUGCACACGCCUCUGCAUGCUCCCGGCAUCUACAUCCAAAACUUGGUCCAGGACAGCCCAGCAGCUUCUGAUGGCAGACUUUCCUUAGGAGACCGCAUUCUUGCAGUGAACGGCACCAAUCUGAUUGGCACGGAUUACCAGAGUGCUGUGGACUUGAUCCGAUAUGCGGGAAAGAAGCUACAGUUUCUGGUUGCCAAAUCAGACAUAGAAAUAACUAAGAAAAUCAUCUCAAGCACCUCUCCUUCCUAGGGUUUUGUUGCAAGAACCGCUCUACAUUUCAGACCGUAUUCAAGGCUUUGUCAGGCUGUGCUGGCUAACAGCCUUCCUAGAAGGUGGAAAUUCAGCAGGUCAUGACACUUCUGGCAUUUUCUGUCUGCUUUUCCUGCUAUAGUGUUUGCUCUUUGUUUGUUACAUUCUGUGUUUCAUGCAAAAGUUAAGAGUAUAAAAAAGAACAGUAGAGAUGGGGGGGAGGGGGAGUCUGGUUUCUCAAGUGUUCAGCCUAAAACUAAACAAUGGAGACAUCAGAUGUGACUCGUCUCUUAGAAUUGGGGCAUGAUCAACUAUUACCUUUCCUGCCUCCCCUCCAACACGCCUGGUCAAGGGCAAACUGUGGGACUAGAGGCAUUUUUAGGUGUCCCUUCCCGAAGUCAGUCACUUACCAUUGUAUGUGAACUUUGUAUAGGCAACAAAGCCCCUGAGAUCAGCUUUUUGUUCCUCUUCUGUAUAUAGUACAUACAUGUAAAAAUACUAAACUGGAUAGAUCUUCCAUGUCCCUAAACUUAAGGACUGUGUUAUUGUACAGCCGGUCCCUGAGAGCUUACAGCCUAAGAAAAGGAAGAAAAGACUUGGCCAGAGUGGCAUAUACACACUUGUUUUUUUUUUUCAUCCUGGCAUUUUUGACUGCCAGCCAAAGAUUUAGGCAAUAGUAAAUGUCCUACCUACUAAAGGAAGAAAUAGAAAAGUACUAGCCUCCUGGACAGUGACAGUCAUAUACAAAGGACAAGCCACAUCUCACGCCACUCAUUUUCUCUAAAGGAAAAAAAAGUGUGCCAGGAAAGAUUAACUUGGCCAAUUUAUGAUAAGGUUCCCAACAGAUUUCUUCCUACAUCUCUGGUAACAAGCUGGAUGCUUAAGCUGCUUCUCCCCAAGCCAGAUGAGCCCUUGAACAUGUUGGAUUUGGUAUCAGAAACCCUCCCUGUGCAUUUUUCUUAUUAGACUGCCCUUUAGGUGUUACCCUAAGUGCCUUCUUGAGACAGUGGGUAGUGCCAAAUUCAGCCUGACCCCAAACCCAAACAUUUCCCUUUUAGAAAUCCAUUCAUACUUUUUUGAGGGCUGAGAGGCCAGCGUUCUGCUUCUCCAGAACUUUUUAGCCAAAGGUCAAGUGGCCUCGGCCUCUUCAGAGGGCUUAAGAGGAUCAACGUGACCAAGUGACCCAAUUUGGCUUGUGAAUAAAACUGAUGUAAAGGAGAACUAUGGAGAAUGGUUCUUUGGGCAAGAGAGAGAAACUAAUCCAGGGUUUCAGAAAGCUCAGUGCCGAGCCUAGUAAUGGGCUAGGCUGCACCCUGAGGAUUGUUAUUCUACUGCAGGCUAACAAAGAGGCUUUUAGCUUGACAGGCAGACCAACCUAUAAUUACAGCAAAUGCAGAAACCUCUAUUACCUCUUUUCCUUUAUUCAGAGAUGCUCCACACUAAGCCCUCCAAAAGGGAUUAUCUUUUUGUUUAUUGAAAUCAUAUGUUCCAGUAAUGUAAAUAGGAUGACGGCGGUAUGGAGUGUGUGUGUGGAUAUGAGACAUUCCGUUCUUAGAUGUCACCACCAGCAAGAAACUUAUUUCUUCAUUCUUGUUAAUACUGUAUAUCUCUCUGUAUUUAUCUGAUAAGUAACAAUACUAAAUGGUGCAAAUUUGUUUAGGAAUUUAAUGUUCAAAGAUUUAAGUGAGGAAAAAAAUGGAUAUAAUAAAAUACCGACUUCAAUAUGCUUAGAAA